AUUCUACUUACAUUUCUAAGAUUUCGACGCAUCAAAUUCUCGCUCACUGAUCUUAGGAUUACUCGUAUACAUUCCACAGUAAAAUUGUUUUGUACAUUCCUAUCAAAUCUGUGAUUAAACCAUUAAUUGUUGGUACAUAAUAUUCAUCUAUUUAUUUAUUUAUUUAGUCCAUUAGCGAAAAAAAAGAAGGAUAUUUAUCAUAACAAACAUUCAACUUUGAAAGUUUAUCUUGCAUUGUGUACACAUGUUCGUCAGACCGCCUACAGUUCGAACAACCAGAAAUCCCCGUAGACGACCCCCACAUAUACUUGGUUUGAACGAAGUGAAUCGUCCACUGUUACGACAAGUGAUCAGAAGUCGUCGAUCGAAUCCAGUCCGUGAAGCAUAUGUAUUAGAAAUAAGAGAAGGUCCUGUGGUUAAUAACAACUCAAAUGCAGCUACUACAAGGAUGAUACCCCAGCCAUGGGUUACUGUGCGCGACUAUUUUAAGGGAAAUGACUUUGUUAGUCUUCCUGUUUCUAUUUGCAACACAUUAUUGAAACACCUUAUGACAUGUGCCAUAGUUGAUGAUGACCACCGAGUAGAAAGCUCUGAAGAUAGUGAAAUUGAGUGUACUUCUUCACCUUCCCCCAAAGUUGGAGAAGAGGCAAGUUUAACUGAAACAUCCGGUGAAACAGCAUCACAGGUUGAAGGGGGAGCAUCUGAAGGUACGAAAGUCAUCAAGAAAGUAUCUUCACGUGUCAAACCUCAUACCUUCCAGCUUAGUUUAUUAAAACCUAUAAGAAUAGUGUGUGAAGCAACAGGAUGUACACUGGAGGUUACGGCACGUAAUCCUUUGCCAAAACACACAUCUACUAGUUCAGAAGAACCAACACAAACAGUCCAACCUGAUCCUGAUAAGCGAUGGCUUAUUUCAGCUCCACUAGAAGUUCGUAAAAGUAAUUCUUCAGGUGGUGAGCAUACCUUGGAUGGCAGUGGAAUCGGUAGUACCACUAAUGGAAGUGGUCGACGUCAGUACUCCUGGGAAACACGUGGCACCUUGGAACUACAUACGAGUCUGAUGCCCAAGCUAUUAACAUUUCUUGCCGAUGUUGCGACACGUUAUCGAGCAAUUGAUUUAAUUCCAAAAGUUCAAUCACUAUACAGUAUAUCGGGUGAAAGAAGGUUUUUGUUUAAUUUAAAAGAUACUCGAUGGGGAAAACGAAUUCACAUUUCUCAAGUUACAGACCUACAUCGUAAUGUUAUCGGCAUUCCGUUAGAGGAUUUGGUUAGCUUUCGCUCAAGGUUAGAUACGGUGAUAAAAAGUUUAGGAUUGGAAGAUCAAUAUGCCAUACGCUCAUCUAUCCACAGAAACAGUGAAAAUAGAUCAACACAUAAGCAACAACAUGUAUCAGUUUCAUCUCAAGAUACUUCUAAUUUGCCAGGUGAAUCCGUAGGUGGAGUGAAUAGUACAGAAAUAGACGAGGAGAACAAUCGUAUCGACACUAGCAAUACACAAAAUCGUACACAUGGACGUGAAAAUCGUCCUUUACGUACAGGGGUAUUCGCACUAAACAAUAAGGAAAGCAGAAGUGCGGGGGCAUAUGAUAGUGAAUCUGGACAGCGUCGUAACCGUGGUAACAGGUUCGGAAGACGUAGUAAUUGGACGAAUGGAGGACAUGGAAAUCCAGUGAAACGAAGAGAUAAGAAUCAAUUAUCUUCUAAUCAAGAUUUAAAAACAUCUGAUGAAAUUGAACACAAUGAAGUAAACAGAAAUUCUAACCUUCAGAAUUCACUCGAACCUGCUGUUGAACCGACUCGAAUAACGCCUGCAGCUGAGGCCAGUGCAUAAGUAAAAUAUUUUGACUACAUAGUUAUAAUGAGUAUUCUGGAUAUGUUUACACUUAUCAGUCUACAUGCUAUUUGUUUUCUCUGUGCAUUAGACAAUUUUAUAAUUAUUGUUUUAUGUUUGUAUUAUCUAAAAACAAAACAACAGAUGAACUCAAUUAUUUGUUUUUAAACUUUGAAGUAUUUCAAGUUGUAUAAUUGAACCUCUGAACGAAUGUUUUUCAUUUUUUCGGGUUAAACUCAUAUAUUGAGAGUUAAUAAAACCAAUCAAAUUGUUCAUUCAUUAAAAAUAUCAUUAUAUAUAUAUUCUCCCCGUGUUUCAUAAAUUUGCCUGUUUUUUGAGAGAGAAAAAAGAUACAUACUACUAUUC